AUGGAUUCCAAUUUGGAGUACAUAUACGAGCGGUAUGUUGAGUCGUCCAAUGACACGUCGGACGAGGAGGAGUACUAUGAUGAGACAGCGAUGAUGCAGGCGGUCCUUGAAGACGCGGAGCGUAUGGAGGAGCAUGUUCUCAAUUUCAAGGGCUCAAUCAAGGAUCAUCGAGUGCUCAACUAUAAUAGAGCGCGUGACCAUUUUACACUGAUAGCCAGCUACUUUUCCCCCGAUGCACUCUGCGCUGACCAUUUUCGCCGCAUUUUCAGAUGCAAGAUUGUCUUCGAUCAUUUGUAUCAUUGUGUACAGUCCUAUGAUGACUACUUCAUCCUGAGGAAGGACGUCGUGGGAACGAUUGGGUUCUCUGGUUACCAGAAGUGCAUGGCCACACUCCGGAUGCUUGCAUAUGGCACGGUCGUUGAUUCGUGGGACGAGUACCUAUGGAUGUCUGAUAGCACAUGCGGAGAUGCGAUGGUCAGGUUUGCUACUCCCAUGGCCGAGGUGUUCAGAUCUUAG